GAGAUGUUUUAGUCGCUCGCUCUCUGGACCCCAAAAGAUGCUUCACUUCUGAAUAAGAGAAAACUGUGUUUAGAUCUGAAUUGAUGGAUCCAGCGUCUUGCCAGGAGUUUCUGGGUUUUGUGUUUUGAGGAUGGGUGCCGCCUUCAAGAAGUUCUGUAUACGAUUCUGCUGUUGCUGCUGCUGUGAGGAUGAUGAGGACGAGGAAGAAAAGAGACCUUUACUUAGUCACGACACGUUAGAAUAUUUCGACCGCGAGGCGAAAAAAAGGCGGGACCAAGAGACCAAUCUGUGGAACGAGCCCGGAGACCCCUCCCACUCCGAGAGAGACGACGACCGCACGCUCUACAACCUGCUGCAGACCCGAGCCCAAACCCAGCGGGGCACUCACGGCUACCGGCGUCUGAGCGUCGACAUCGAGGCCAUGAGAGACAUGAGAAGAGAGGUGCGAGAUAAGUGGAAGAUGAUCUUAGAGAAUCUGGGGUUCAUGGCUGAAGCCGAGUCUCUGCUGACUGUGUCCACCAGCGCGUCAUAUGACCGCAUGAGAAACGCAGCGGUCGCCCGCAGCCUGCUGCAGACCCUCCACACCGAGACAUCCAUAUUCAACCGCAAAGAGGCUCCACCCGAGAGAUACCUCUUCAUCCUGGACCGGCUGAUUUAUCUGGAUGCUGCUGAAGAUUUUGUGGCCAAGGCUCGACGCUUCUACCCUCCUAAAGAUGAUGAUGAUGAUGAAGAGGACAACACCGGUCGAAUAAAUCUCCCUCUGCUGCUGUCCCGCAUGAAUCAGAACAUCUCUGGAGGAGAGGACGAGGAUGAAGAGGGCGAGACCACCGGUCCAGAGGACUGACAAUGAGAUUAGAUUGUGUUGAGGGUUUUGGAGGUAAAAGUAUUUUGACUGAUGUGGGUUCGGGUUUUAGGGUGGAUGAUGGGGAUGCUUAAGAUUAAAUGGUGCAGGUUUAAACCAUUUAUUAGACAAAUGAUUUUAUGAGAAAUAGGAGACUUUUUAGAAACAUAGAAAUAGCUGCAGGUCUCACAUUUUAUGUAACUAUGAAUUAUAAAAUCAUUAGAAGAUUCAGGAUUACGGAGGCAUGUUGAUAUUGAAAGGCUUAGAUUGUGAAGUGAAUUUAAAUGAGUAGAAAUGAAAUGCAUCUCUUGAAAUUUGUGUCUGUGUUCUUUACAUUGGACGCUUGUGAAAAUGUUGAAACUAGUCGGUUAUUAAAAACUUCAACUCUCA